AGAGUCUUGAAUUGGAGUGCUCUUCACAUCCAACUUGAACUUACCGCAGAUAUACUUUCAGGUACUUGAGAUGCAGAAAGGGGCAAGGGCAGCGAAGCUAUGAUUAGCGAGACCAAUCACAGCACGAAUCGUAUAACUAACCAAGAAGGAUCAAACUUCACCUGGAAUCUCUCACUUCAUCGUUUUCUAACCUCCCAUAUCUCGUCAUCAUUUCCCUUCUUGUCACUCUCUUGGACUCACUCUGAAGAACCACAGUCCCUCUCCGCUUCACAGAACCAUCUCUUCAUUACCACAUCGAACCAAAAACGUGUUCUUCAGCCUCAUCCAACACCUGACAUGGCCCAUUAACCCACCAUCUACCCCGGAUUCUCCCCACCUCCACUAUGGCACUCAUCUCCCGCUCCUUCAGACGCAGAUACAUCCGGCCCCGCGCCAUCCUCCUAACCCUCACUCUCCUCUUCCUCUUCGACGCUUACCUCAUAACCUCCUUCCGGCCCCCUCCCACCCGCUCCACCACCCUACCCUCUCAUCUCAAAGACAAGAAAAUCUUCAUCGCGUCCAUCCACCGGAAUUCGGAGUACAUGCUUCGCCUCUACUGGAACUCUGCUCUACUAAGACUAUGCGAGCAUCUGGGGCCCAAGAAUGUCUAUGUGUCGAUCUUGGAGAGUGGCAGUUUGGAGGAUACGAAAGGUGCGUUGAGGGAUUUGAUGGGGAAAUUAAAUGAGAUGGGGGUCCAGAACCGAAUUGAGUUGGGGAUGGAUGUUAAAGAGCAGGUUGCUAUGCUGAAAGAAGUGCCCGAAGAUCCGGAUGCGAGGCAGGGUUGGAUUUUCACGGGGAGAGGACAGAGGGGAUGGGAGGUGAGGAGAAUUGCGUAUCUGGCGGAGCUCAGGAAUAGGGCUAUGGAACCGCUUGAGAUGAUGGAGAAGGAAAUGAAGUUUGAUACCAUUCUUUGGAUCAACGAUGUUGUUUUCACCUCCGAAGAUGUUACGACGUUGCUAGCUACGAGGGAUGGCGAUUAUGCUGCGGCUUGUGCAUUAGACUUCUCGGGCAACGCCGAGAUGUACUACGACACCUUUGCCCUGCGCGAUUCCUCAGGCUUGAAAUCCGCCACUGGUACAUGGCCUUAUUUCAGUUCCCAUCGCUCUCUCCGAGCCCUUCAAUCCUUGGUGCCGAUCCCGGUCCAAUCCUGCUGGAAUGGUCUAAUCGCCCUAGACGCCACCCCGUUCUACACCUCACCCAUCGCUUCCUCCGCGGCCUCCCCGCCCAAAUCAGCACUCAAAUUCCGCGCCUUACCAGACAGCUUAGCGAAAUCCCACCUCGAGGCUUCGGAGUGCUGUUUAAUCCACGCUGACAACCCUUUACGGGACACUAAAGGCGUAUUCCUGAAUCCCAAUGUGAGGGUUUCGUACAACGCUAGCACGUACUCUAAGGUCAAUUGGGGCGUAGAGGUCCGGGCGGAUAUGAUGGAUAUCGUAAAUGGCGUGAAAGGCGGGGAUGGGAGGCUGUGGCCGGGGAGUGCGGAGAUGGUGAGGGGGUUGUGGAGGAAUAGGGCUGUGCGGUGGAUGGGAUGGGUGAAGGUUUGGAGUGAGAAGAGGGUUGUGGAGAGGAGGGUCAGGAAGUGGAUUUCGCAGGGGAAGAAGGCGACGGUUAUGGAGAAGAGGAGUGAUGUAGGGAUUGAGUGUAUGGUGAAUGAGAUGCAGGUUUUGUAUGAGAGUGGGUGGCAGCAUGUUUGAGGGGUGGGGUUGAGGAAAAGUGAGCAUUGCAUGGCUGGGAGGGAAAAGGAGUUUGUUGUUGUCUCCUUGAGAGACUUUACUAUAUUGACAUGUACAACUCUGUAGUGAUAACCGAAACUUCGAUUUCGAUGAGUAGCCUUGGGAGUGAUAUACUAGUUGCGGGAAGCUCAAUUCAUUUC